UGGUUUGUUAUAGGAUAGUCCAGACUCCAGUCAGAUGCAUGUUUUAGUGUAGGCUAUAACUAGUGUAUUGGGCUAUAGUUUGCUAACGAAUUUCCCUGGACGGAUCGGAUGUUUCCCCCUUUUAUUUGUUCACAGUAGCCCGUUCUCUAUAGUCUUUAGAUAACGUAAGCACGCGUACGUUUUUCGCGGUGACUAGAAUGUCAACGAGCUAUCUGACUGUGUUGUUUUGUUGGACGAUAGCGAUGUCAGACAUACAUUUAUGGUAGCCCAGCUGCUUUACAAUGUGUGUCAUGGUCAGAUAAAUACUUUAUAUAAGGCUACUAGAGACAGCAGUUUAUUUAGUAAUAGGUUGAAUUGCACAAUCCAUAAAUGUAAAAAAAAUUUAAAAUACGAACAACCAGGGACAUAAGAUACAGCAUUAUAAAAACAAACCAUGCAUGAUUUAGUUCGGACGAAUAAUCACUCUUAUUGAUACACAACCAUCACAUUUUUAUUACAGCAUGAGUGUUAUUGCAAAUAUCAUGGGUUAUAGUGACAGAGGCUAUGUAUGCUGUUGUGAAUGAUUUAUCAUGAAUGGCCUUCAACAGCCGAUGGAGAACGUUGAUUAGUAAUUUGUGAAUAGGGGAAUCCCCGCUUGAGAAAUCCCCUCAGGGUCAGUUCAACACUGGCAGGACUUGGUGUGAGUUCCGGAGCAGGUGUACUAGCAGGGCCAAAGCACCAAAACUGCCCUUUCAGUGCCAACACAGUGUAGGCUACUCUGGCUCUGUAUAGAGGAGUGGGGGAAGGGGGCUGAUACGAAAGCAUCUCCAGGGGCUUUGUGCUCCUCCCUGAAAGCUCAUUGGCAUGGAGGUAGCUGCUGAGGACACACAACAGUUUGUUUGUGACAGACACUGGUUGUGAUGUGGAAAAAGUUUCUCAGUUGUUCUUGGAAGCAACACCGGUUGCUCAAAGUCAUGUUAUAAAUAUGUUAUUGGAGCGCUGUUCACUGCUCUGGAUCAAACAGACGAAGCCUCAAGGCUGCUCUCCGAGACGAAUUCCUCUCUAUCUCAGCCAGAGGAGGAUAAAGGCCUGCCUGUCAGUGUCCUCUGCUUUGGUCAUUUAUGUCAUGAACUGAGAGACAACGGUAUGAAAACAUCAACGCUCUUGGCAGAUGCAAGAAUCAAAAACAGAUAUCAAAUCGUUCUCAAAGAGGGCCCAGAGAACAGCCUUGCCGUUUACAUCUUGGGUAUAGGCCCCACUAUUGUUAAGGCUGUGAGCAUCAACAAGGCCAUCAACACGCAGGAAGUCGCCGUCAAAGAGAAGCAUGCCAGGACCUGUAUCCUGGGGACACACCAUGAGAAGGGCGCCCACACCUUCUGGGCGGCGGUCAACCGGCUGCCGCUCUCCAGCAAUGCGGUGCUCUGCUGGAAGUUCUGCCACGUCUUCCACAAGCUGCUGCGAGACGGCCAUCCCAACGUGAUAAAGGACUCGAUUAGGAACAAGGCGGACCUCAGUGACAUGAGCAGAAUGUGGGGUCACCUGAGUGAAGGCUAUGGGAAGUUGUGCAGCAUCUACCUCAAACUGCUUAUCACCAAGAUGGAGUUCCACGUCAAAAAUCCCCGUUUCCCCGGCAACCUUCAGAUGUCAAACAGGCAGCUUGACGAGGCGGGAGAAAACGACGUCAACAACUUCUUCCAGUUGACAGUGGAGAUGUUGGACUACCUGGAGUGUGAGCUCAACCUCUUCCUAGGUGUGUUCAGCUCCUUGGACAUGUCGCGGUCUGUGUCGGUGACGGCUGCGGGCCAGUGUCGCCUGGCUCCCCUGAUCCAGGUCAUCCUGGACAGCAGCCACCUGUACGACUACACCGUCAAGCUGCUUUUCAAGCUGCACUCCUGCCUUCCUGCUGACACACUCCAGGGCCACAGAGACCGCUUCCAGGAGCAGUUCAACAAGCUGAAGAGUCUGUUUUACCGCUCCAGUAACCUGCAGUACUUCAAGAGGCUCAUUCAGAUCCCACAGUUACCUGAGAACCCACCUAACUUCCUGCGGGCGUCGGCGUUGUCGGAGCACAUCAGUCCCGUGGUAGUCAUCCCAGCUGAGUCGUCCUCCCCCGAGAUGGAACACAUGGCGGACUUGGUGACAGAGGACCUGGUGGAUACCGACAUCCCCGCCCAGCCGGCUGCUGUGGUAGAGCCCAGGUUCGACGACCUCUUUGGCACGUCCGCCGCCACGGACCCCUUCAAUUUCAACAGUCAGAACGGGAUGCUCAAGGACGACAAGGACCGCCUGAUCGAGCAGCUGACACGGGAGAUCCAGGCCCUCAGGGAGGAACUGGAGUCCUUCAGAUUGGAGAGUGGGCGUCUGUGCCAGGCGCUGCGGGGGCGUGUCGAUGAGCUGGAGGCGGAGCUAGCAGAGCAGAGCCACCUGAGGAUGCAGGCGUUGGGAGAGGGCGAGUUCCUGCGGGCGGAGCUUGACGACCUGCGUCGGGUCAAAGAGGACACGGAGAAAGAGCAGCGAAGCCUCACUGAGAUCGAGAGGAAAGCGGUGGCCAACGAGCAGCGCUACGUCAAGCUGAAGGAGAAGUACACAGAGCUGGUGCAGAGUCACGCUUAUCUGCUGAGGAAGAAUGCGGAGGUGACUCGUCAGAUGACGGUGGCGCGGGCGGCUGAGGACGAGGUGGACAGCGUGAGGAGAGAGAUGCAGGAGAAGGUCAAGGCUGCCAAGGAGGCCGCGGAGAGACGGAGGACUUCAAAUGAGCAGGAACAGGUGGAUCAGCUGCAGGAGUUGCAGAGAGAGCUGAUCUCCAGCAGGGCGGAGCUAGACACCCUGAAAAGCACCAUGGCCUCUUCCCAACAGUCGAGUGAGGAGCUCAGUUCUCAGUUCUCGACAAUGGAAUCGGAGAAGGUGGAGCUAGCGGAAUCCUUGUCGAAGAAAGAGGAGGAGCUUGCAGGCCUGGGGGAGGAGCUUGAGCGUGUUCAGAGCAGCCUGGCCAGUGAGAGGGAGAGCGGCGUGAAGACCGCCGAGGCCCUACAGAACCAACUCAAUGAGAAGGAGACCAGGGAGCAGGCCCUGGAGAGCCAGCUGGUGGCAGCCCGCUGGUCCGCCCUACAGGGGGCUGUGGAGGAGGCAGAGAGGAUAGUCCAGGACUCACUGGCCCAGCUUGAUGACCCAGCACACAUCAGCUGCACCAGCUCUGCAGACUACCUGGCGUCCAGGUGUCAGGCCUCUCUGGACUGUAUGGCCAGACUUCACUCUGCCAGAGACAGCUACCUGGCAGACAACACAGGUGUGUCGGAGCUGGUGCGGGCAGUGACCCAUCUUGCCCACCUGGUGGGUGACACCAUUGUUCAGGGCAGUGCCACCUCUCACAUGGUGCCAGUGGAGCAAGCGGACGCGUUGUCAGACAGUGUGAAGGUGUGUGGGGCCGAGGCCCUGGCCCUGCUGGCUCAGAUGAAGGAGCAGGCAAGCCUGGCAACGGCAGAUGGCGCCAUGCUGAGGGCAGCACUGGAUGGCAUCCUGGCCACCGCAGAGAAACUGCGUCCUCGGGGUCUGGAGCUGCAGCAGGGGGAGCUGGGAGAUCUGGUGGAGCAGGAAAUGGCUGCCACAUCGGCCGCUGUAGAGUCAGCAGCUGCCAGGAUAGAGGACAUGCUUAACAAGUCGCGUGCUGUCGACACAGGGGUUAAGAUGGAGGUCAACGAGAGGAUCCUGGCCUCCUGUACAGACCUGAUGCAGGCCAUCAAAGUGCUCGUGCUGUCUUCCAAAGAUCUGCAAAGGGACAUUGUGGAGAGUGGCAGAGGGGCAGCAUCCAUGAAGGAGUUCUAUGUCAAGAACUCUCGCUGGACGGAAGGCCUGAUCUCAGCCUCCAAAGCCGUGGGCUGGGGCGCCACAGUCAUGGUAGAUGCAGCAGACCUGGUGGUGCAGGGCAAGGGCAAGUACGAGGAGCUGAUGGUGUGUUCGCAUGAGAUCGCAGCCAGCACUGCACAACUGGUGGCCGCAUCCAAGGUGAAGGCAGACAAAGAUAACGCCAACCUGGGCCGCCUGAAGCUGGCAUCCAAAGGGGUCACACAGGCCACCGCCGGGGUUGUAGCCUCCACCAAGUCCGGGAAGUCCCAGAUCGAGGAGAAAGACACCAUGGAUUUCUCCAGUAUGACCCUCACUCAGAUCAAGAGGCAGGAGAUGGACUCACAGGUUUCUGUUCUAGAGCUGGAGACAAAGCUGCAGAAGGAGCGAGAGCGUCUUGGAGAGCUAAGGAAGAAGCACUACGAGCUGGCCGGGGUGGCCGAGGGCUGGGGGGAGGAGGACGAAGGUACAGGUUGAGGUCUGCUCCCCACCUCUCCUCCAACGACAAGACUAACUUCUCUCUCGCUCUGCCUCUUGCCCCAUUUAUACUCUCUUUGGUCUUUCUCUUUAUUUUUUAAUCUUUUAUGAAAGCCAAAUAAAAAAGGUGCUUUUUAAAAAUGAUCUUGUUCCCAGCGGCUUCUAAUUGGACAUUGAUGAGGAGGGAAAGUGGCGGGAUGGAUUGACUACCUGCCUGGCCCGUCCCCCUCGACUGUUGAGAAAUACCACACCAGCUGAUGGUUCCUCUGUCUUCUACCAAGUAUUUAUUUCAGUUCUCCAACGGUUCACUUUGUCCCAGUCGGAGCACCACCAGUGUGACUGUGGAGCGACCCACCACGAGCACAAGUUCUUCACAACCAGACAUCCUACAAUGCAUUGCACAAGGGACAAUCCCUCAUCAGAGGGAGACUUGACUGAUUUCCACAUAGACCCCACCCCCUGCCCUCCCCCUGCCUGCCCAUGUCUCAUCAGUGCAACGAAAACGGGCGUGUUUUUCUCCCACUCAAUGGUUGUGUUGCGUUGUUAUUCUAAGUGGUAGGGGUUGUUAACUUGUACCCUGUGUUAGAGAGCUAACCCCUUCCCACCCUCACUGCCUCCCCACUUUUCUUUUCUCUUUGAUCCUCUUUUUCUACUCACUGUGAGCUUUUACAUCUCUAACACAAACCCCAUCUAAGCUAUACGCCCACCGGGAUACGGACUUAUGCCUUUUCACCUCCUGUUUUAAAGACCAUGAUGACUGUUGUUGUUAUUAUUAUUAUUAUUAGAGUUGACUGUUUAGACGCCCAGCUACCCUGUGGAUACAAAAAAGCCCAGGAAUAUUUAAUGGGGGUUUAGGUUUGCUAAAGGCACAAGUGUAGCAUGUCUGAGCAGCCAGAGGACUGUUGCUGGAGUUGAAGCUAGAGAUGAAGUGGUGUGUGUGUGUGUGUGUGUGUGUGUGAGACGGUCUGGGGCUGCUUUGAACCCCUGGUUGUGUUCAUUAGGCACAACACGGAAGAAAAGGUAGUACCUGAACGUGUCCAAUAUGAAACGCUUGUUUCCGCUUUCUAAACGGUAUGCUACGCCGUGUCCUAUUGAACAGGACACUGAUCAUGCUGGACCGUUGAAUGGCUGUGGCUCUGAGCUUCAUGGUGUCUAACGUCGCCGGAAAAAGGACUUCCUUAAGCUGGUGUCUGAUCAUUUACCCUUCUCCACUGCACUCCCCCCUCAUUGAUUUGAAAGGAAUGGACUUGUGUAAGAAAUCUGGUGGAGUGAGCAAGUAAUAAGCAGAAAGGUAGGGAAUUGGAACGUCGCCCUACACACCCACACUGCUGGGUUCUUAUCAGCUUCCCCAGACGACGUAGCUGUAAAGCCUAGGAAGGGAAACCAACAACUUCCAUCAUCUGUCUACACUAGCAAUAACACCUGGGCUGUGUUCAUUAGGCACCAAAUGGAAGAAAACGGACUGAAACAGGAAGGGUAUACCUGGACCUGUGUAAUAUGUUAAAUUGUCACACGAGGGCAGUGUUGCACAGCAGAGCUACCACAUUAGAGACUCAUGAAUUCUCCUCGCCUCUCUUGCCAGUAGUCACUACUGCUCUUCAAUCUGGCUUUAUGAAAAGUAUUGGGAAUAUUGUAUGUUGUCGAGUACACCAUGAGUUAGAUUAGUAGGGUUUCAUCCAGUAUUUGUUUUCCUUUCAAAUACUUUAGCUGCGCUUGAUUGAGCUUGCCUGGCGCCAUGGAACCAAUGAAAUAGUCCCAAAUGUACUUCAAAACACGCCCAUGUGGCACUCCAGUCAGGCUCAAUGAAACGCAAUGCAAUUCAAAAAGUAUUCAAAAAAAUGUAUGAAUCCUAUUUGGACCCUGAUCUGGUUUAAUCACAGUAUACUUUCUCUGUGUGUGAUGCUCUUUGAGUUUGUCUUCCUGUGUGUCUUAAUGCCCCUUUUGAGGUCUUAUUAUUCUGCUCUGCUUUUGGUUGUUUUAUAUAAAAAGUUGUGACACUGGGUAUUUAAUAAUGAUUUAACGGUGUACUUCCUGGUUAUUGUCCUCUCACCCUUUGGUUUGAGUCUGUAGUCCAACCAGCUCAGCCAGCCUUUCAAACUGCCGCUCACUGUAGUCGAUGAGAAACAAACAGUACUCAAAAUAACAUUUAAAUAAUGUCUUUGUAUGAUAUGCUAAAAACUAUGUAUGUGCGUAUAAUUUUUUCAGUUUUUAAAAUUAAAUAUUUCAACUCAUUAA